AUGGUCGGCAUCCGCGUGGGCGGCAGGGCCGUGGCCGUGCCGGCAUCGGCACUCGCGUCGUUCGACCCGGCCACAGGCACCGGCGGCACGAUCGUGGACGCGGGCACCAUGUUCACGCGGCUCUCGCCCCCGUGUACGUGGCCGUGCCGGCGCAGGGCGCGGGCACCUGUGUCGGCGCCGCUGGGCGGGUUCGACACGUGCUACAACAUGACCGGCGGUGGCGUGCGGGUGCCGAGCGUGACGUUCACGUUCGCCGGCGGGGCGAGGGCGGCCGUGACACUGCCUGAGGAGAACGUGAUGAUCCACAGCUCGUCGGGCGGCGUCGCGUGCCUGGCCAGCAUGCAGCAGCAGAACCACCGCGUGCUCUUCGACGUCGCCAAUGGCCGCGUCGGGUUCUCGCGAGAGCUCUGCACGGCCUGA